GACUCCCGGCUGUAUACUACUCCGACUCUGCUCUCACUCUCAGUGUUCUGCUCCACCGACCCGCAGACCGCAGCCACCGCUUCUCUACUGGAUCUGAUGGAAGAAACGUCGCUGGAGGCCGCGAUUGGGUGGCUGGUGCAGGCCAUCUAUGCCAGCCUCCUAGUUGGCGGCGAGCUCGAUGCUUGGAUUCGCCGGGCUGGGCUCGCGGAUGACAUCGAGAGGCUCAGAUCUGAGGUCGAGGGAGUCGAGAUGGUGGUCUCUGCUGUCAAGGGGAGGGCGAUCGGGAACAAGCCGCUGGCCCGAUCGCUCGCCCGCAUCAGGGAGCUGCUCUACGGCGCGGAUGAUCUGGUGGACGAGCUCGACUACUGGAGGCUCCAGCAGCAGCUGGAACUGGAAGGAGGCGCAAGGCACGACCUUGAUGAACCGAAUGCACAUGGAUCACUGCAAUUGGAAAGAUCGACUGAGAGUAGCAGUGUUGACAGAUUAGGGUCCGAGUCCUGGGGACACUUUGAUAUCGAGGAGUUCCAUGAAAAUGGAGGGCCUGGCAGAGCAAGAUGUAAACACUGUCGUGCCAUGGUUGUGUGCACAGCUGACAAGGGGACACCUGUUUUGCGCAAGCAUCUCAAGAGUAAAGGUUGUAAGAAGAAACGUGGAGCGAGUGAACCUUCAAGCACUGGUGAUGCUACUGCAAGUGCUACUUCUACUGCAACUGAUGGUAUUUCAUCCACCAGAAACAUGAGAGAGGCUGAGGUUGAGGAGCCAAAACACGGCACCAUAUCCGAGACAUACACUUGGGAUAAGGACAACUUUUCCAAUAGGAUAAAAGACAUAACUCAUCAGCUGCAAGGCAUCUGAGGAGAUGUGAGAGCGGCUCUGAUGAUACUUGGGUCAGACUCUAGCGCAAGUUCAAAUCACCAUGUAGAACAUCCACACCGUAGAACAUCAAGUCUUGUUCAGGGAAAAGUUUAUGGGAGGGAUCAUGAGAAGGCAGAAAUCAUACGGCUGGUAAAAAGACACAAAUUAUCUAGCAGUGUAACUGUUCUGACUGUUUUAGGCAUUGGUGGGGUUGGGAAGACAACCCUUGCUCAACUGGUAUACAACGAUCCAUCCGUGGAAAGUCAAUUUGACCAUAGGAUAUGGAUUUCAGUGUCCAACAAAUUUGAUGAAACGAGAAUCUCAAGAGAGAUGUUGGAUUUUGUGUCCCAAGGAACACAUGAAGGGCUGUACAGCUUUGCCAGGCUUCAGGAGGUCUUGAGAGGUUGUAUUAAAUCAAAGAGGGUUCUACUUGUUUUAGAUGAUGUCUGGGAUGACAUGAAUGAUUGCCAGUGGAACCAACUAUUAGCCCCUUUCAAUUCUGACAAUGCAAAAGGCAAUAUCAUACUUGUGACAACUAGAAAACCAUCUGUUGCAAAAAGGAGAGGUACGGUUGAACCAAUUAAGUUACCUGGUUUGAAAGAAGAUGAUUUUUGGAUAUUGUUUAAAGCGUGUGUGUUUGGUGAUGAGAACUAUGAAGUGAAAGGUAGUCUUAGGACUUUGGCAUGGCAGAUAAUAGAAAAGUUGAAAGGAAACCCGCUAGCUGCAGAAACUGCAGGGGCAUUAUUAAGACAGCAUCUUACCAGUGAACAUUGGAGUAACAUUCUGAAGAACGAAGAUUGGAAAUCCCUGCAUCUCACAAGAGGCAUUAUGCCUACUUUGAAGCUUUGUUAUGAUCAACUGCCCUACCAUUUACAACAAUGCUUCUCAUAUUGUGCUAUAUUCCCUUGCAAUUAUCGGUUUCUCGCUGAGGAGAUAGUUCGUAUUUGGAUUUCACAGGGAUUUGUGAAGUGUAGUCAUUCAGGUAUGAGAUUGGAUGAGAUAGGACGGCUCUAUCUGACUAAUUUAGUGAACCUGGGCUUCUUUCAGCAGAUUGAAGAAGGCUACUCUUCAAACAAUCAAACUACUUAUGUUAUGUGUGCUCUUAUGCAUGAUUUCGCAAGGGUAAUUUCAAGAGCUGAGUGUGCAACUUUGGAUGCUCUACAGUGCAAUGAAAUUUCAUCAACUGUGCUACAUUUGUCAAUAGUAACUGGUCGUGUGUAUUGGUAUGAUGAGAAGUUUCAAGAGAUAUUGCGAAAUACAUUGAAAAAAGUAAAAAAUUUGAGAUCAUUGGUCUUAAUUGGACAGUACGACUCCCAAUUGUUCCAACAAGUAUUUGAGAAGGCACACAAUUUGCGUCUGUUACAAGUAUCUGCAACUGCUGGGUCUCAUUCCUUCCUAUGCGGUUUGGUAAAUCCUACACAUCUUCGGUAUCUAAACCUACAGGAUGCUCAUGUUUGGCCGGAAGAUUUACCUCAAGUUUUGAGCAAGUUUCUCCACCUUCAAGUAUUAGAAGUUGGCUUAUGCCAUGAUACUUCGUUUACCCUUGAGCGGAUGGUUAAUCUAGAGGAUUGUGGUGAAAGGCUUAUAUUUCCAUCUCUGGAAAGACUUCCGUUUCUUACGACGUUCAAGUUGAGCAACCUGCGGAAAAUUAGAGAAGUAUCAGUUCCAUCAUUGCAGGAGCUGAUUUUAGUUGAAAUGCCAGAGUUGGAGAGAUGUACCUGCACUUCCCUAGGGGAUUUGAACUCUAGUUUAAGGGUACUGGAGAUUCGGAGCUGCCCUGCACUCAAGGUGUUCGAUCUGUUUGAGAAAGGUCAUAACUUUGCUGAGCAGCCGUCAUUGUUUGAAGGUCAUAACUACGGAACUGAGUGGAAGCUAUGGUUGCCCGGUCUUAGAGUACUCACAGUAAUCAAUUGUCCUCAUUUACUGAUGCCGUGUCUCCUACCACAUUCAACUAAUGUUUCUAGACUGCACAUCGACGGAGUUCCAACACUUCUGAAGAUGGAGGGAUCGUCCACAGAAAAACUAGAAAUUUCUCCAAAUAGUCGAUCUGGUGAGAAUUCCGGUGAGACAUUGAGAUUGGAUGGAAAAAUAUUGUCAUUCCAUAAUUGGGGGGACCUAAAAUCCUUGAGCAUAUCAUUUUGUGGAAACCUAACAUCUAUUUCAUUUCGAAGUCUUAAUCAGCUCUUCUCUUUAAGGGAUCUCCGUAUAGUAGGGUGCAGAAAACUUUUCUCUUCAGAUGUUCGGCCAGAGCUUACUGAUGAAUAUGCGAUAGGUGCAUAUCGGUUUGGCCUCCGGUGUCUCAGAAGUCUCUAUAUUAGUUCAUCAGGAAUAACAGGGAAGUGGUUAUCUUUGAUGUUGCAACAUGCGCAGAUCCUGAAGGAAUUGUGCUUAAAUGACUGCCCUCAGUUUACACAGUUACAGAUCGAAGAGGAAGAGAACAGUCAACCAAAUUUUAUCUCAGCCCCAGAGACUUCAUCAAGCUGGGGUCCAGAUGGACUUUUGUGCAUUCCAUUAAAUCUCACCUCCUCUCUAGAAAAGAUAGCUAUUUCUCGAAGCCCUUAUUUGAGAUUUUACGGGAACAAGGAAGACUUUGCUGGAUUUACCUCCCUGCAGGAGCUAAUAAUUCGAUGCUGUCCUGGGCUGCUCUCAUCCUUGGUGCAUAAUGACGGAAAUGAUGUCCAGGCAAACAGAAUAUGGCUUCUUCCGCAGCCACUUGGACAAGUUGUGAUCAGUCAUUAUGACCACAAAACACUAUCACUCUGCUUCAUGGGUAAUCUCACUUGUCUCAAAAAAUUGGAAGUAUUGGAAAGCCCAGGCUUGGAAUCUCUACAGCUGCAUUCCUGCACAUUGCUUGAAGAUUUGAGAAUUCGUGAAUGCAAACAGCUUGCCACAGUAAAGGGAAUGCAAUCCCUUGUGAACCUCAUGAAUUUGGAAGUACAAGAAAACCCUAGUUUGGUAUCUCUACAGUUGCAUUCCUGCAGGUCGCUGGAAGAUCUGAGAAUUGAAAAAUGUGAAUCACUCAUCGCACUAGAGGGCUUGCAAUCCCUUGUGAACCUCAGGAAUUUGGCCCUACUCAACUCCCCUGGCUUGCCUCCAUAUUUCGAACGUUUGUCGGGGCACUAUGAGCUGGGCCCUCGACUCGAAAGUCUUCACAUUGAUGACUUGUCUCUCCUUACCAUGUCACUGUGCAAUGGCCUCACUUGCCUCCAAUGCCUACGACUUGAGAAGCUGGAACAGGGAGGGACAAGACUAACAGAUGAGCAAGAGAGAGCGCUACUGCUCCUCAGGUCCCUGCAAAACCUUGAAUUUCUUGAUUGUUUCAACCUCGUACAUCUUCCUGUGAGACUGCACAGCCUUCCUUCCCUCAAGGCAUUGAGUAUCGUUUGUUGUGAUGACAUCCCAAGGCUGCCUAAGAAGGGCCUCCCAUCUUCGCUGGAAAGGCUAGUGAUAUACGAUUGCAGUACUGAGCUAAAAGAACAGUGUGAAUCGCUAACAAGAGGCAAGCUAAGGGUUGUGAUGAAUGACUGAAUUUUGCGCAGGGCGAUGCAGAAACAUCUUCUUUCAAGAUUCAAGACGCGUGUCCUUGUUUGGGGAUAUGUGCUACAGCUCACCGCUAGGUUUACAACUGUUCUACCAUUGAUCAUGUUAUCUUGUGAAUUGACAUAACUCAGCGUCGUGCUAAAAUGAGCAGUCUCUCUGCAAGCAUUUGAAGAUGUUGAACAUAUUGUUGAUGCAGUAACCAUCUUUAGGAUCAUGACAUAUACCGUAUAAUUAUAAGAGUUUUGGUGUCUCAUAAUCUCAUCUCUGCUAUUAACAUGUUCGGAUUUCUGGAAGCAAACUGGUAAUUUUUGCUCUAUUAUUGCCGUCAUGCCAACUAAAAGCAGUCAACAGUUUCUGGCCCAGUAAUUCGGUGUGGCCCGAGUGCUUUGUAAUUGUAAACUGGAUGGUGUGGUUUCAUCAAAUGGAAUCGGGGUGAGAGCCCUUUUGAUCUAAAAAAGGAAAAGAGCAGUCAACAGGUUUGAGUAAGAAGUGGCAGUGAAGUCCUUGUCAUGAUAAUCGGUGUAUUACAUUGCGUUGCAAAACUCAAGUUUCUUGUCACCUGUUCUUAAUGUCCAGCAUGGAAUUCAAGAUAUUGCUGUGGAAUGGCCAAAGUCUGUGUUGCAUUCCAUUGCAUUGCAUGCGUGUGGCUAGAAAUUGCUGACUUGCCGGCAUGAAGUAAAUCAGCCUGAUUCCAUGCAAAGUCAGUGGUACUUUCUGCUAUCGGAGAUGCAUGCUGUAGAAUGUACUCCUGUAUACUCUGUAUUGCUCCGAGUUCUGCUUGCCAACUUACAGCUCCCCUGGCUCCGGCUAUGGAGCAAGGAGUGCAGAUUCAUGAUUCUGGAACAGCCGAACAGGGUGUUUUAAUCUGCGCAAAGUCAACAAGGAUUUCUAUUAGGAGCCAACCCUGAGCUAUAAUAAUACGAGACGAACAAAACCUCGCUCGUCGCCGUCCUGGCAUCCCGCUUGUCCCCACAUGCUCCGUAUUUCUGUCUCUGCUGGUGCCACCACUACUCCCUGCUUGUUGCUGCCAGUCGAGCAAGAUGUCCGGUGCUGCGGUGGACAAGGACAAGACGCCGACGGAGGAAGAGAAUAAGAAUCCGGCGUGGGAGGAUGAGGAGGAAAAGGAUCAGGCGAGAAAGGAGGUGGUUACAGGUCUGAACUUUGAUCCUCUUUUCCACCUAUACUUAGCAUGAUUUAUUUUCAGUAUUCUCUGUAGUUUAUAAGCAGCAAAUGCCACCAGGGAAUGCUCCAUGUUGUAAGAAAUUUGUGAACUCUGAACCUAGUCAAGUGCUUCUACUACAAGGUACUAUAUAGGUACCUGAUAUUUGGAAACUGUCAAAUGCCUUUACCUGCUCACACAAUAUCCCUGAAACAGCAACUGUUCCACUGGUUUUCUGAAACAGCAACUGUUACAGUGAAGAAAAACCCAUGACUGGUUUGUCACAGCCAAAGGUGGGUGCAGGAGAUGAUGAUGAUGCGCUGCUAAUAUUGGACUUGCCAGUGGACAGGUCUUCAGAGCAGCAGCCAUUGACUUGGAAAAGUUCAGGACUAAAAUUUGAUGUUCAGGAGAAUCAAAUUCAUCGUAAAUAAGGGGCUGCCAUUGACUUGUCGUUCGUCGCAAAGUUCAGGAGAAUCUGAAUGUAUGUUCAGAACUAUGAAAUCUGGUGUUCAAGCAGAUGUUCAGGAUGUGAAAUCUGAAACCUGAAUCCGAUGUUCAUGCUAAGCACUGAUGUAUGCUCACUGAGAUUAUGUUAGUUUUAAAACUGCUCGUUGCUCCGUUUGAUAAACUGAAUCUAACAUUGUAUCAAAUGGACCGAAGAUUUGCUCGUUGCGCAUUUGAAAAACUGAAUCUAACAUUCUAUCAAA